AAAUCGACGUUACCAACCCUACGUCGCAAAAUCCCCGUAAUUGUCAAUCAGUGACAGAUGACGCAAACGUCAACAACAUGCUCUAAUAUCUAAAAAUUUAAAUUUUUGCAAUGUGUCUGGUCUUUGCCCCAAAUCAUGGAUACACUCUACCACCAAACCAACAAAUUAAUUCAACAAACGCAACAAAGUUUUCAAGCUUUGGAGCAAAACUCUGGCAACGUCCAAGAAAUCGAAGCUGAUAUUCAGGAAAAGAUCAACGCAAUUACUAGUAAUUGUGAAAAACUCGAUGUCUACUUGUAUAAAGUUCCGUUCGACCAAAGACCUAACGCGAAAAUGCGUUGCGAUCAGUUAAAAUAUGAUGCAAGGCAUCUUCAGGCGGCUUUGGUGGCCUCUAGACAGAAAAGAGCACGAAGAGAGGCAGCGAUUAGUGAGAGAGAACAAUUGUUGAAUCGCCGGUUUGCCCCUAAUCCAGAUUUGACAACCAUCAACAUUGAUUAUGCGCUACAGCACCAAAAUUCAUUGCAGAAUUCAAAUAGAGGUGUAGAUGAGAUGUUGCAUACAGGGGUUAAUGCAUUAGAGUCCCUCAGAUCGCAAAGGUUGACUUUGAAGGGGGCACAUCGUCGCAUUAUGGACAUGGCAAAUACGUUGGGGUUAAGUAAUCAUACAAUGAGACUAAUUGAGAAAAGAGCCGGUGAAGACAAAUAUAUACUAAUGCUGGGAAUCGUGAUUACGGUUUUAGUGAUAAUUUUUAUAAUUGUUUAUUUUACCUAGAGAUGUAACGCAUUCCCUGGUUGUUGUGUAUUGUAUAAUCAAUAUUUAUAUAAUGUAAAGGUUUAUUAAAAAAAAGUUUUGGUCGAAUAUUUGUUGUGUUUCAAAGGGUAAAAUGAAUUGCAAUGUGUUUGUUUCGA